GAUGUGCAUCCUGUCCAGUCGUGAGAGGACCUGCAUCCACCCAGUAGUGUCGAAGGCGCCGAACAAGAAUGAGAUGUGCAAAGAGCUGCUUGAGAACAUGGGCUGUAGGUUCAACAGCAAUAUGAAGAGGACGCCCCUCACUCCACCAAUGGAGCCAUAUGAUUUGGAAGAGCUUGUCAAGAUUGGGAGAAAGUUCAAAGUUUGCCCCUACUACUGGAGUAUAGACCAGAUGCCGAGUGUGGACAUCAUUUUCUGCCCGUACAACUACCUCAUCGAUCCAGUCGUCAGGAAAUGUUUGUCCAUUGAUUUGAAUAAUGCUGUCGUGGUUCUUGAUGAAGCGCACAACAUUGAAGACAUUAGUAGGGAAGUGAUGAGCAUUACAGUGACGCAAGACCAGCUUCGGGACAUCAUCAUGGACCUGGAGGAAAUGCAGCGUAUCGACAUCAUGCCUAUGGAACACAGUGCCAUUGCGAGAGUGAUAUCCAAGCUCAGUGUGUGGAUAACGCAACAUUCGGACCACCUGAACGACUACAAGAGCUUUGAACAGUCUGGAAAAGUCUGGGCCGGCACAGAGAUCCUUGCUUUUAUGACUGAAGUUGGUCUUAGUCCAGACAGAUUCAACAAUUUCAAGAACCUUGUUACUGCCAUCACAACUGUUGAAAAAGGGUCUGAAAAGGAUCCAGAGCUCAUUCACCCAACAGUCAGUGCAGCAACAUCUGCCACCUUGCAAAAUCUUGUCAUCAUCCUCGACUUUAUGUACAAGGACAAUCUAAAGUAUCUUGGUGACUUUAGGGCUGCCAUAGUAAAGGCUCCUUCGAAGAAAAAGCAGACAGAGGCUUCUAGGCGGUCAUCAGGUGGCGGAGCGUUUAAUAUGACCUGGACGCAUAGUCUGAGCUUCUGGUGCCUCAACCCUGCUGUUGCCAUGUCGGACAUAAAGGAUAAGGUGCACUCUUUGAUUGUGGCAUCAGGAACGCUAACGCCCAUGGAGUCGUUCGAGUCGGAGCUGGACAUGCCCUUCAAGAGCCAGCUGCAGGCCAACCACGUCAUUCCACGUGAGGGGGUCUGGAUUGGAGGCAUUGCGUUUGGUCCCAAUAAUGUAAAUCUUACUGCCAAUUUUAGGACUGCAGAGACCUUCGAGUUUCAGGAUGAGAUAGGGUCCAUUCUUUGGGACAUCUGCAGGGCUGUCCCUUAUGGAGUGCUAUGUUUCUUCCCAUCAUAUGGGAUGAUGAACAAGUUGUCGCAGCGAUGGCAGAACACAGGUUUGUGGGACAGGCUGGAAAGGCUAAAGCACAUUGCUGUGGAACCUCAGAGGGCAGACUCCAGCACGUUUGACUACACGAUGAGCGAGUACUUCAGUCAUGCCUCUGGAUACAGUGAUGGCUAUGACGAUGACGACAGGGGAGGAGCCCUUCUGCUGGCAGUAUGUCGGGGCAAAGUUAGUGAAGGCCUAGACUUUACAGACAACAGUGCGAGGGCUGUGGUGACGGUUGGCAUUCCAUUUCCAAAUGUAAAGGAUAUGCAGGUUGACCUGAAACGCAAGUAUAACGACCAGCAACUGAGGUCUGGCAGGCCAGUGAUGAAUGGAAAUUCCUGGUACGAGACGCAGGCGUUCCGUGCUCUUAAUCAGGCCCUGGGGAGAUGCAUUCGGCACAGGGACGACUGGGGUGCCUUGAUUAUAAUAGACCAUCGCUUUUCGCAGCAGCCAAAGUUUCAAAAAGCCCUGUCGAAGUGGAUUCGGGAACAGUUUCAGUGCUUCCCGUGCUACAAUGAAGCCAUUGAUUCCCUGAAGUCAUUUAUGGAGUCCAAAAUGAACGCAGCCAAGAAGUUGUCCUCUCCACUCUGCAAAGUGAAGCCACGUGGGACAGACCCGUCUGAUGACUGUAUCAUGUUACCAGCAGGGGACACAUCAAGCAUGUCCAUGGACCAAACAGAGCCCAUAUAUGUUGAACACUCUGAUGAUAGCCUUGAAGAAAUGUUCAUGUAAAGCACGUGUUGACGUGGCCUUGGCAGCGUCAGCCUGUGGUCACAUUGGAAUAAUGGCGUAUUUUCUUGUGGCUGCAUUUUUGCAGCAGUGACUCUGAUCUGCAUUUGAAGUGACUUGGACAUACAGAUUCUUGUAGCAGUGACUGUGAUCUGUGUUUGAAGUGACUCGGACAUACAAUGUGCGUGGUUUACCCAGAAUGUGUUUUAUUUGUGAACAUUAAGGCAUUAGCUGUGACCAGAGAAGCUGUGCUUUCGUUAGUUUAGCUUUUUAUUAUUUUUAAAAUCAAAUUAUGAUAUAAAUUUUUAACAUUAAUCUGUAUAAAUUUAUCCCGCACGUUGAUCUUGAACUCCUUGUUUCGAUUAUUGAACGCAGUAUGUAAAUAAAGAGUAUCCACUGUA